AACCGCCCGCGCGCAUUUUCAGCGUUUGGAUUCAGGACAACUUCUCCUGUGGGAUUGAAUUAGUGAUAUAUUUCAUAUUUAUUGAACUGUUUUUUAAUUAUUAUUUAUAGCGUCUUUGAGUCAGAAUGGACUGUGUGGAUUUUCCAAGAGUUCUGCCAAAUUCCCCGAGAAAAGCACGCGGACAAAUUCAGGUCAUCUUUGGACCGAUGUUUUCAGGCAAAAGCACUGAACUGAUGAGAAGACUGCGCCGGUUCCAGAUAGCCCAGUACCAGUGCUUGGUGAUCAAAUAUGCCAAAGACAUGCGUUAUUGUGACACAGGCAUGGCCACACAUGACAAACACACAAUGGAAGCUGUACCCGCAAGCUGUCUGAAAGAAAUGCGGCUUCUGGCAGCACAAGUCUGCGUCAUUGGAAUCGACGAAGGGCAGUUUUUUCCAGACAUCGUGGAGUUUUGUGAGGAGAUGGCCAAUUUAGGGAAGACGAUCAUUGUAGCUGCUUUGGAUGGAACCUUCCAGAGAAAACCGUUUGGAAACAUCCUGAACCUCGUCCCUCUAGCGGAGAGCGUCGUGAAGCUCCACGCCGUCUGCAUGCAGUGUUACAAAGAAGCCGCCUACACCAAGAGGAUAGGAGCGGAGAAGGAGGUGGAAGUGAUUGGUGGAGCUGACAAGUAUCAGGCGGUGUGUAGAAAGUGUUACGGAGGUCUGAUGGCGGAGAAAGAGAACAGCGCUCCAUUCAGGAACGAAACUCCACAACACAUCCUCUUGGGAAAACUCGUGGAGUCAGCGAUUCCUAGGAAGCUUUUCUCUUCUCUCCAUCUCUGAACACAAAAAUAAGACUUGUUGCCUGAAGUGGUGGAGAGUAUAAAUCUCAUGGUGGUUUUUUUGGUUGGUAUUUGUGCACGAGCAUUGGUUGGAAAAUGGAUUUUUAUUUGAGAUUAACUUUUGCUUCAUGACAUUUUAAAGUUUCUGCUAACAAGUUGGAUUUGAUCAGCCCAAUUAACUUCCUUAGUGUUUGUAUGUGUUCUUUAUUUGGUGUCUAAUACACAUAGGUGUAAUGUAUUAAAAAUGUUUUUACUUGACGGGGCACUUAAUAACCCUGGAGAACUCUAGCAGUACCCUGUCAAAUGUAAGGUUUUUAAUUAUGUUUGUAUAAUUGUAUAUUCUGGUUACAUUUGUAAAGAAAACCUUUUGUGGAAGGUUGAGUCAUGUUUGUCAGGUCAGCAGGAGUUUGAAUUAAAGUGUACAUUAUAUCAUAACAGUUGGGAGAUUAUCCUUUUCCCCCAUUUUAAAGCGUACAGUAUGUUUUUAACUCUCGCACACUUAACUGUGAUACGUAACUGAAUGCCCUCGCAUGCGACAGAGGACCAAAAUAACCUGUUUAAAUCCUGGCAGGCUCUGAGGCUGGAAUGGAGAAAGUAUAUCAUCCCUACAAUAUAAAACCUGUAAUACUGCAGUGCACAUAUGCAACAAUAACCUUAAAAUAGAACAUCCUGUGAAUGAUUUCAUUCUGACAUUAAAAAAACAAAUCACGCUAACCAAAGUGACUAGUAUUUAUAAAACAAAUCAUCCAGCCUUACAUGUAAAACAUGCAUCUUGAUCAAAUCUAACUUAAAAUUUACAAAAUACCAAAUUAUGUAACUGCAAAAAUGUCACAUGCGUCACAAAAUAAUGACCAUAACGCUAUAUUUGAACUGAAUCUAAAGGCACAGUUUAGAGACUUCCUGUCAGUCGGGUGAUUUAGGAGGUUGUCCAAUAACGAGCUGCAGAUUUAACUGCUGCCCCAGAGCCUGAAAAUCAGCCUUUGCGAUAUAAAAAGAAAACACGAGGGCAGCUGUGAUGCACAGCUUAACUUUAAUAUUUAAUCAUGGCACAUUUGAUUCACUUUCCUUCCCCAAAAACCCUUUGAUGUUAAAUUUCUCCUCACGGUACAAAUGAUAAAUCAACAGAAGAUUUUCAUAUAGAUGGCUUCAGCAAGUUCAUGUGUUUUCUAUUAAUAAUCAAUGUAUUUCCACUUGUACAAAUAUCUUCAAUGUAGUACCACAAUAGCAUGUUUCUAUAUAUAUUUAUAACCACAUUCAAUUGCUGGUCUGUCAUUUGCAGAUCUAGAGUCCGUUUAAAUCAAAAUCUACGUUUGAGCAUCACUUUAGACGAGCUACAGCAGCCGGACCGUCGGGCACAAAGCAACACAUGAAACCAGUUGCAGGCUGAGGUGUUAAUCUUGUCGUUGGUAAAGACACACCUGCUGCAGUCUGCCUUCAACAGUUUAGAUUAAGAAGCCUGUAAACGGGAGAUAAAAAUCGGUGUUCGGGAAACUAACCGUCUCAAAGACAUAGGAGGAAGUGUGAGGCCGCUCUGUUCGCAGGUUUAAGAGGGAGCAUUGUUUCUGCUAGUUAAUAAGUUACUCUCCAGUAAGAGGACAUGCUCGGUGGAUAAACCUGUUAAGUGCAGCUAUCUACGUUCUCCUCCCUCCUGUCUAUCUGAACCACAAGUUUAAAGGGCAACACCGACUAUGAACGUCCAAUAAACGCCUCUACAGAUUGGCACACGUAACCCACUGUUAAC